AUGGAUCAAGCAAGGAAUUUACCCGAUGGAAAUGACGAAAUUCAAAAGGCAGUUGCAUUUUCAAAGGAGUACGUCGAUAACUUUCGAACAAUCUUUCCAAAUAUAAUCGAUGAAGCUUUAUCAAAAAUUUGUUAUUUGGACUCAUGGAAUAUACGGAAUCGUAUAAAAGAAAUGACAGAAUAUUACACGUUAGAAAAAAAACCAAUGCUAGGAGAACUUAUGCUGUAUGCUUAUGCGAUGCUGGAAGAUAAUGAAGUUUGGAAAGAAGAAAAGCGGCAUCAGGCAUAUUUAUUGGCCUCCGUUAUUGAAAUGGGUGCAUCCUAUUUUUUAUUUACUGACGAUAUACAAGAUGAUGGAAAAACACGUUGUGGCAAAGUUUGUUGGCAUCUAUUACCAAACGUUGGUACAUUAGCCAUAAACGACGCGUGUAUGCUGCGUAGUUUCAUACAAGAAAUAUUGCAACAGAAUUUUCCUGAACCAUUGUUUUACAAAAUUACGAAAUUUGUUAAUAAGAUUUUUUUUAUAGCCGCGACGGGACAGCACGUGGACAUAACUUUAGCCAGAGAUCGAAAUUUUGACAACUUUACAAUGAAAUGUUACUGUAAAAUGAGUGAAAUGAAAACGGCAUUUCCCUUUAUAGAGGUGCCAAUAAUUUUUGCUCUUAUUUUAUCCAAUAAAGCCACUGAAGAAUCAAUGCAACAAAUUCACAAUAUUUGUGUAGAUAUGGGCGUAUUAAUUCAGAUUCAGAAUGAUAUAACAGAUUUUUACGACUAUGAAGGAUUGACAAAAUCUUCUACGGAUAUUCAAAAAGGCAAAUGCUCUUGGUUAGCAGUAAAAGCAUUGGAGCUAAGUAAUGAAGAUCAACGAUGCAUUUUCGAGGAAUGCUAUGGAAGUUGGGAUCCGACACAUGUACAUAAAAUUCGAGAAUUGUAUAAGGAGUUAAAAUUACCACAGUUAUUGGUUCAAGAAAAAGAAGCUCGAUAUGAAACUUUUUUCAGAAAAAUUAACGAAUUGCCUCCAGUUUGCGUGCCUGACGUGAACUUCUAUCAAAAGCUUUUUAAACUCAUCAAAAAUACUAGAAUAUAA